AUGUCCAUUAUUGGCACUCUUGCGUUUGGGACAGCAUGUCUCGCGACCACGAGCUUCUUCAACUACUCGCCAUACAUGACCACGACCUCGGCCCCGGCGUCGCAAUGGGCAGACGCGCCAAUCCCGCUCGUGGCCACGCCGCAGCACCUCACAGAAAAGACUGAUCUCUUUACGGCCGGCGCCACGCACAUGGCUCUCGUCCACAAUGCCUUGAUCCGCGGCUUCAACUCCAUCUACCAGCAAGCCCCCUACAUUGACGAGCAGCUCUCGCACGAUUUUAUCCAGUACUCGCUGACAUGGGCCUCGUUUGUCACCUCUCAUCACCACGAUGAAGAAGACAAUCUCUUUGGUAAAGUGUCCGACCUGCUCGACGACAAGACCGUCUGGGCGGAGACACACAAGGAGCACGAGGCCUUUAUCGACGGCGUCGUGCAGUUCCAGACCUACCUCAAAGACCUGUCAACGUCUUCAUCCAAGCUCCUCUCGGCCGACGAGCUGCUCCGCAUCAUGGACUCGUUUCGCGCGCCGUUGGGCGACCAUCUCCACAGCGAGGUCCAGACGAUUGCCGCGCUCGCCGCGCAUCCCCAGGCCCCCGCCGAGGGCAGCGAGGAAGCCGCCGCCGCCGCGCUCGUCUUCAAGACGUGGGGCAAGAAGACGGUCACAAAGGCCGGCCUGCUGGACGUGGUGCCCUUCUUCUUCCUCAACCUCGAUCGCACGUUUGAGGGUGGCCGGUGGGCGCACUGGCCGCCGAUGCCGGGCCCGAUUCGCUGGAUCCUGACCAACGUCGUCGGCACGUAUUACGGAAACUGGUGGCGCUUUGCUAGCUGCGGCGCGGAUGGCAGCCCGAGAGAGCUGUUUGCGCUGGAGCUGCAGGCGAAAAAGACGGAGCCGGCGCAAGACCUGGCUGCGACGUCGGCUGGCGAGAGCCGUACCGCCCAUGCCGAUGAGCUGUAG